AUGGCGGCGACACAUCCUCCCGCGGGCGGCAAGCAAGCCUACGAUUAUCUCAUCAAGCUGCUCCUCAUUGGUGACAGCGGUGUGGGUAAGAGCUGUCUCUUGCUGCGCUUCUCCGACGACUCCUUCACUCCCAGCUUCAUCACCACCAUUGGCAUCGACUUCAAGAUCCGCACGAUUGAACUUGAGGGCAAGCGCAUCAAGUUGCAAAUUUGGGACACUGCUGGCCAGGAGCGGUUCCGAACCAUCACCACGGCGUACUACCGAGGCGCCAUGGGAAUUUUGCUUGUGUAUGAUGUCACCGAUGAGAAGUCCUUCGGCAAUAUCCGCAACUGGAUCAGGAACAUCGAGCAGCACGCCACUGAAUCGGUGAACAAGAUGCUGAUCGGAAACAAGAGCGACAUGGUCGACAAGAAGGUGAUCGACACUGCUCGAGGCAAGGGUUUGGCGGACGAGUACGGCAUCCG